ACCAUCCAAGCAUGUUGCCACAGAGAAGUGCUAUGGCAUUGAAACUGUGUUUUUUUGUCGAUAAGAUUCUCUGGCAUCCGGAAACGGAAAGAACGCACCUGCGAUUCGCUGGCCAGAACUGUUCGAUGCAAGUACUAUUCAAUUUUUCCUCCCGAUUCUUGACUGUUAUGUUCCGAUCAACCCAACAGCACAUGUUUUUGUGAACUGAAUUCUGUUUCUUGCCUCGAAACGAGCAUUUCGCUUCGAACGAAACAAUGGAAAAAUAGAAUUGCAUGUAACAUAGUWCGCCGUGACCUGCCCUCCGCCGACGACACCRAUCUUUCCGCGGCCGACUUCGAGAUAKCUUCGUGUCGAACGCCUGCCAUUCUUCUACGGGCAUCCGCUAUAAAGGUUGGAACUGAUACUUUUGUCCGGAAAGCGACGCCUCGUACAUCAGGCCCCCGAUCGUACUGGUAAACACUGCCAUUCCCUUGGUAUACAUGAGCGUGUUCGAGGUCUUUGUGAUGUUGUACUUCGUGCCCGUGACGUUGGCCUGGACGCCAAUGUUGUUGUCGAUCGUGCUGACCUUGGCACCGGCACUCGCCGUCAGCGCCACYGCGUUGGCGUCGGCUCCGAACUCGAAGCCGUCGACGACGAAUCUCUGGUAGUCUAUUUCCCGCUCGAAGAAAAUGAUCAUGRCGUAGACCUGCCCUCCAAACUGGGGCCCGAAGCUGGCCUGGAACAUCUUGCUGGUCCCGGUUUUUUCGACACCGUCCUCCUUGCGAACGUAGACGUCGCCCUUGCCGCCGGCGCCUCCGACGACGGCGACUCCGACCUUGGUAAUGGUAGGGAAGAUGGCAUACCCGUAGGCGUUGUCGAGGUAAGGGCCGCAGCUCUCUUGUUUCUUAAAUUGCUCCAUAKUCGUGGGGGUUGCUGCUGCUAGAAGUGUAUUUGGAUGUGGUGAUCUUGUUUCGUUCACAAUUUAGACUGUUUGCUAUCCACACUAGAGAACAGUGUCUCGUAUUGCGAAUUUUUAUUUUUUAUCUUCGCAAAAUUUCGUCGUCCUUCGUCCUCAACCGACGACGCAAGCUACGCUACGCUACGCAACGUCAUGUA